AGCCUGCACUAACGCAAAUAAUAAUUCAGCGCCUUUAGAACUUGUCGUUAGCAAUAAUUAUAUACAAUACUGAACUGUGGUACCAGCGAUGAAGCGGCAUGCAUAAGAAGGAGGCAGGUCAGUCAUUUAGAGACUUUUGACGUAUUUACAGUUAACGUUAACUCCGCGUUGAAAUGUGGCAAAGAGCGGGGAAUCGACCAUAUAAUUCAAUUUGCUCACCUGGAAAUCUUAAGGCUUCUGCUGCAGAUUGGUUGAUCCGACAUCGGUAACCCAAACAACCGUGAGUCUGGCUUGUUGAAACUGCGAGAAAUUGUUGGGUUACCAAGUGAAGCGACCGUUGGAAUGGAAGAUAUCAAGUACAGUAUGCAGCACAGCUGUUUUGUCGAUCGCGAUCCAAAAGCUGCGGAAAGAUUAUGAUCACAGCAAACGAAAUGUUUUUCAACGACCAUAAACACAAAGCAGUCUGUCACCUAAGUGAAAGACUGCUCGUACAUUUGAAAGGAGAAGAUGGACUGGAACACUGCGGAAUGGUGACAGGUGCUUGUCGAGUUUUUCAACUGCCGGGAUUUAUUGUCGACUUUGGGUUUCCGGGAAAACCACUGAAAAAAUGGAUCUCCUUUGUAUAAUUUUAUCAUCGCCUCGGAACGUGUAAACCAACUGGAAACCGUCGCUCUUGUGACAUUUGAAGCAGUGAUAUUCGACACAGAUAUCCAUUCACGGCUUUUACAGUGCCCGGUAGAUAUUGAAGUUUUUAAUGUAUAAUUAAAUCACUGUAUUUAAUUAUGGUUAAUUUCCAUGAGCGGAAGUUGUAUAGAAGUACUGCAUAUAUACAAUCCCGGUGCCUGUCACCUUAGUAACAGUUACCUCGCUGGUUAUAAUCAGAAAUGUCUCAUUAUGCAAGCGAUUGGUUUUCAAAGUUUCUUCCAGCUGCGGCUGCAUUUGUCAUUUUGAUGCUUAAACUGAAUUGUUCUGAAUGGUUCUGAUGGUUCUGAGUUCUGAACUGUUGAAUUUUACAAAUCGGACAUUUUACGAUAAUCGGUUAACUAUUGACCAGUUAAUUUUCAUCAUCACUCUCAAUCAUGGGACCGCCGUCUAUACGUGGCAGUUCGAAUCGUGGACGUGGACGCGGACGACCUCGAGGAACCAGCCGUGCCAGUUCCAGUAGGCCGGGCGUUAACACCCGCAGCAUACCUAAUAAUACCGGAACAACUAAAAAGAAAUCGGUAGCAGAUGAACUCGCUCAGUUGAAGAAACAAAUCGCAGACCUUUCGGCUUCUGUUGCUACAGUAAUCCCUGCAACAGAUCAAAGUACCCGUUCAUUUUCACCAGCAACGCGCCGGGUUCGAAUUCAUGAUGCCGGGAAAUCCGACUUACCACAUUCACAAGACCAACACCUUUCCCCAGUUUCAGAGCCAGGUAAAGAUUUCACUUUAGACGGCACUAAAGGCAUUGACUUUAGUAGUAAUAAUACUACUGCCGCUCUUAACCGUAAGGCCGUUGUUAUCCUGGAAUCGUUGCCGGAAAACGUUAAGACUUUAUUACCACCGGUUGAUGAUAAUGCGCUCCUGUUCAAGUUAUUCAGUAAAAAGGAAUUCGUGAAUCUUAACGACCUUUUAUUGAACAACCGCACCCCGCAUGCUUCCUCCAGUUCCAAGAGCAAUGCCUCAAAAAUUGAGCAGAUUCGCGAUCACCACCAGUGGUCGAGAGCUUUUAAUGUGCUGAAGAUGUACCGUUGCGCCAUAUACCCGGAACUGUGGCUACCGAUGACCAAGUAUAUGGACCACAUCGCCCAAAUUGCGGCGCCUAAAGGAAUUACACCUGAACAGUGGCUUGCUUAUGACCGCCAGUUCCGUUUAGCGAUUUGUCGCAACCCAGACGACGCCAUGCAGUGGUCUCGUAAAAAUGAUGACGCUUAUGCUGAGUACUUGUCACAACCACUCGGGCUUGAUUUUGAUCAACCUGCAGUCGGUGUGGGCAAAACUAUUAUUCAGUGUUUUCACUGCCUUGAAUACGGACACAUCCGGCCGGAAUGUCCAUUGCUGCGUAGUGCUACCAGCAAUCGUCGGACUUCAUGGGUUGGGCAGUCGUUUCUCAACUUCCCCGCCGGCAACGGGGGACCUAAACCUGACGAAAUCUGCCAGUUGUGGAAUAAAGGACAAUGUACUACCGGCUUGCUCUGCCGAUACGGCCGCCAACAUCGGUGUGCAAACUGCGGUCAACGCGAACAUCGAGAGCCACAGUGCAAAGCGAAAGUGCACAGCAGUAAUUCCUAAAAAUAUCGCAACCCCGCUGAAGGCAGAUGCAUUCGCUCAUUUCCUUAAAGAACAUCCUGAUCAACAGUUCGUAUCAUAUUUACUGAACAUCUUACGAUAUGGCGCCGACAUUGGUUAUCGUGGUCCGAAGCGUAGUAUGCGCACACCAAAUGCUGCAUCUGCUCGUAUUUAUGCUACGCAUCUUCAGUCGCAAAUUGAUUCAGAAGUGUCGCUAUUACACUCUGUCGGUCCAUUCAGCAGCCCGCCUUUUCCUACAUUUGUUAUAAAUUCGCUCGGAGUAAGACCUAAACCGGAUGGGAAAUUUCGCAUUCUCAUGGAUAUGUCGCGCCCAGCCGGACACAGUGUGAACGAUUAUAUUAGUAAAGAGGAUUAUUCCUUAGCUUUCUGCAAUGUCGACGAUGCUGUGAAUAUUCUCCUGCAAUUGGGUAAAGGUGCUCUUAUGUCUAAAUUUGAUAUUCAGCAUGCGUUGCGUUUUGUGCCAGUCAGACCGGCUAUUGGUAUCUGCUUGGCUACCAGUGCAAUGACCUUUUUUACUUCGACAUUGUUCUACCUUUCGGCUCGCGUUUUUCACCUUUUUUAUUCUGUUUAAUUUCGGAUGCAGUUCAUUUGGUGUUUGUGCAUCUUACUGGGCAUAAGUUCAUGUUACACUAUGUUGAUGAUUUUUUCCUUGCAACACAUUCUAAUCAGCAACUCUGCUCUGAACUCAUGGAUAAAUUCUCCGAACU